GUGUUUGAGCUAAUUAAGAAAUACCUACCUUUUCAUAUUUUAUCUGUUCAAAAACAACAAAUUGAAGGAUCUUUAUUAUAUCAUGCAACCUUGAUUUCUAAAGAAUCAGCUAGUCUUACGAAGGAAGAUCUUAACCAGUUGGAUUGUGACGAUGACUUUCUUGAAGAUCAACUUGAUAGACCUCAAACGUCUCUCUGUUCUCUUUUAAUUGAUAUACAGCUAUCUGAUAUUGUAGAAGUCUGGGAGCUCUUCGGGAUUACGAAGUCAUAUAAGCAUUAUGUUAGUUUGUUAAAUGAUGAAGAUAUUCAAGAUCAAGAUGGUCAAUUAAAAUUACAAGAAACUGUAGAAGUUAAGAAAGCCCUUAAUUUAGCUCUAGAUUUAAAUUGUGAAGACGAAUUUCUCGAUACUAUAAGCAACUUUAUUACUUGUAAAAAAAGUAGUAUACAAAGCAUAAGCAAUGAGGAAAAUUUAUGCGUCUUAGAUCCCUUGGUUCAAAAACGACGUGGACGUCAACCAAAUAAACAUAUUAAAUUAACAACAGAGAAGUCACAUCACAGUAGUUCUGGAAACAGUGCAAUCAACCCACCUAAUCCCAAUUUGACAUCUAGAGUUACAAAUAAUGAAAAUCAAAUAAAUACUUAUGUCUCUAAUCUUUCCAUUCAAAAAUGA